CUCUGUUGCUGCAGCCCCGAGAACUGAACAGAGAACAAGGAAGCAACAUGUGCUGACCAUAAUAAGUCUAACACAUCAGCGCAGACAGGCACGCACAAAGCCACGAGAGGAGACACAACGAGCCGAGGACGGUCACCGAAGAAACGCGUUUAUAUUCUAAUCACACCAUGAAAAGAGAGGUGAGAGCUGGGGUCAACUUCCUCAAACGGCUGGCAGUAGCACGCGGCAAACUUGAUGAAGCCAAAGCAGAACUGUUUGCUGAGGAGCUACAGAAACUUUUAUGUGAGAGAUAUGAUAAGCACUGGUACCCUGACUGCCCCAGCAAAGGCCAGGCAUACAGAUGUAUCCGGAUAAGUAAUGGUGUACCCUGUGAUGAAGAGGUCUUCAAGGCAUGUGAGCAGAGUAAGCUCACAGCAAGUGAGCUUGGCCUUCCGCCUGAGCUCACCCUGUGGAUCGACCCACUGGAGGUGUGCGCAAGAUCUGGAGAAAACAGCAGGCCCUUCAAAAUAGCCUCGUUUGACGAGGAGGAUGGAUGCGUGGAGGAGGGUGUGAAGGGAGAACAGGAUGACUCCUCAGUGGCCUCAAUAAACCUGGACACGUCAGAUUACCACUCUGCUACCUCUUCAGAUUGUGGCUCCACUGCGUCCAGCGACACAGAGGAGGAGGCGAAAGAAGGCGAGACAGAAGGAAAGCAAGAGAAAGAAGUCAUCAAGAAGAAAGAGGCGGCAGAAGGUGACACAUACACCAUAGCGAUGGUACCCAGGAUUCGGAAACCACACGGGGAUGGACCAAACAAGAUCAAAUACGUCCGAAAUAUGCUCCCUGCUAGCCAGCAGUACUUCUACCACCCUGCACCAGUCUGGCCUCAGUACAAGAAAGGUACUCCGGUGUUUUUGAACACAGUGUGUGUGCCUCCAGCGCCACCACCUCCCCAGCAGGUAUUUGGCUACUACAUCCUACCCCAGCCGUCUCCACAGUUCAUUCUGCCUCAGGCCACCCUGCAGCCGUGGGGGGCUGUGAAGGGUUAGACCGUCCGGGAUGUGUGGGAUGAAGAUGGAAAGAGCAAUAGAAGCGCCUUCAACUGAGCCAUGCUGUUUCAGGUCUCUGCUGUGUCAGAGUUAAACUUUGGCCAAAAAAAGAACAUUUUUACUGUAAGGCUGAAAGUUAUUCCUUGCACAACUUUUAAUAAUUCCUCUGUCCUGUUUCUUUUUUCAAUGACUUGUAAUUUAUAGCUUGUUCUCAGCAUAGAGCAACCUCUGAACUUUAUCUGUCACUUCUGCAUUGCUAAUCUUUUUUUACACGCUGUACACAGCAACACAGGCUUCAGGCACUGGGUGCUUGGACUAACUCAGGAACUCUCAGCAAUAUCCUCAAUGCCGAACAAUUAUGUAUUCAGGUGUUUUAUUUCUUAUUCUGGCUGUCUGUUUGGUCACAGUGUAAACAUCUCAGAUUAUCAAUGUAAAAUGUGAUUCAGGGUUUUAAUCUAAUGUAGCUAGAGUUACCCUAUUUGUAUAUUAAGAAGAAUAUUUUUUAAUAAACUGCCUGUAAAUAACACACAACUUAUAAACCAUAGAUUAAUGCACACUUUCUAACCUAGAAGUUUUAUUCCUGUUGUAAUUUAUUCAGCCACCACUGGAUGGCACUCAACUCACAGCUUAUACAUUCACAUUUUUAUGAAAUUGUAUAUUUAAUAAAAUAACUGGCUGCUGUAAAUGUUACUUCAUGGACCACUUAGUUUGUUUUAGAUAGCUGUAGGAUGUGCCUUUUUAAAUGGCCCCUUGAAGCUGCUUUUUAAAAGUUUUGACGUGAAUAACUGGCUUUGAAAAUAUGCUGUGGCUAUAAUCGUGAAUGCACGCCUCAUUGAUUCUUCUCUGCUGUGAUUUGUUUUUUACUAUAUUGGUUCAUAGGCUAUUUAUUUCUCUUUAAUGCAACUAUGAAGCUCUUGUGAGCUUCACAUUACAGCUUAUUAAAUCAACACAAGCUUGAUGUAUGAA